CUGCCGUGAUUGUGGAUGAGAGCUUUGUCCAGCUUGGUGGCUGCUCUUAGGGAUGGGGUUGGUGGGACUCCCAGGCGCACAGCUAGUGCUGUGUGGAGAGUCACUGGCACUGGGCAGACAGGAGGCGCCCAGGCAGCAGGAGUCGCAGGUGCCCAGCUGAGUCCGGCCCUGGGAAGUGGCAUUACGGACAGAGUGAGCAGAUGGGAGCAGGGUCAGCAUGGGGUGGUUUUUCAAGUCGGCGCGGUGCCGGUCCUCUCCAGAGACACCACGUCGGGGAAGAAGGGCCACCACUUGAGCCAGCUGAAGACCCCGCACAACCCGUUGGACUCCAGCGCCCCACUGAUGAAGAAGGGGAAGCAGAGGGAGGUCCCCAAGGCCAAGAAGCCAACCUCGUUGAAGAAGAUCAUUUUGAAAGAACGGCAGGAGAGAAAGCAACAGCGUCUUCAAGAAAAUGCUGGGAGCCCAGCUCCCGCCGGUGAGGCUGUGCUGGAUGGCGAGAGCGGUGGUGACGACGAGCCCUUCGAGCAGGCUGGACCCUCAGGGGCGCCGGAGGAGUCGCUGUCCCCUGCGCCCACGCUGGAGGGCAGGUCGGAAGAGCUGCCGAGAGCUGAGCUCCAGAAGGAGGUCGAGGGCUGCCACCUGGUCCCCAGCGGCGCCGGCUGCCCCAAGAUCCACAGCCGGAGAUUCCGGGAGUGAGUGACAUGGGGGCGUGCCUGCCGCGGAGACUGGGGCGGGGUGUGGUCACUCUGGUGUGUAGCGUGGGGCUGUCUCGUCCCAACGCGUGCAGGCCGCCAGGCUAGGCGCCGGCUUUCCUCCUCAUCAGAGCCCACGGCAGGGCCACCUUCUCUGCUUCCGCGUGGUCCUUGUCCUCACGUGCUGCCGGAGGCACCCUUCAGUCGAGCUGCGU